AUGAAUAAGGCUACCUUCUCCACUGUGAAAUACGUCUGUGUGCCUUCCCCCAUGACACUCAACAGGAACAUGAGAAGAUUCAAUAUGGCUGAAAACGACCGGAAAAUUUUUUUCUCUUUUAACCUAUUAUCUGUCUUUUUGUUCACAUUACCAAUUAUUUACCUGACCAAGGCAAAUUACAAAAUAUGCGAAGAGAACGAAAUUAUUUACAACAAAUUAAAUGGUACAGGGAUAAACAUUAAGAAAGGCAUUUUUUCGAAUUAG